AUGAAUAUUUUGAAGUACGGCAACAAGGUCGCGAGUCUACGCUUGAGGUCAAAGCUACGGUACGUCUACGCGGCGCUACAGCGUCUCCGUAGACAGCGCUACGAAGCGAAAGUCGUUAGUUGAAAAUCUCGGCUACAGAGGGUAACAACUUAUUAGGUACUAGGCAACACGCUCUACGUACUACCUUGUCAAUUUUCAUACAAACUAUUUGACAAGAACUAACUUUCUUUUAUAGUGCAUUAUUUAAAGAAACAUAACGUAAAUAAAAUUAAAAAAAAAACAAUAACUACUAAACUACUUUCUUGAAAACUUUUACAAAAACUUAUUUUCGUAGUGAAAACUUUCACUGAACCUGAAUCAAUAGCAGCCCAAUCAAACAAUCGACAUGGUACCCACUAAUUACAUAUAACAAGCGCAAAUUAAUCAUCAGACGAGAUAAAUUAGCGACGCGUGCUCGGUCCGUACCGCGACUAUUUCGGUGUGGGCGGGGAAUGAUUCAGUCGGGGCCAGUCGCGCGCCGACCGCUCUCGGGAGAACAUAGGCGCACCGCGAACGAGCAGGGAGUCACCGAGCGCUGUUGCGAUGGCGCGAUGAAGACAGAAAGGCGCGCGGCGUUGUGGGCUCUGCUGUCCCUGUGCUGUGCCGCCCUCGCCGCGCCGCGCCGCCUCUACUGCGACCGCGCCGACGUCGCCUGGCGCGCCUACCGCGCGCCGGCCGCCUUCGAGGCGCGCGUCCAGUCGCUCGCCAAAGACGCCGCCACCGUGCAGAUCAAGCGCGUCUUCCGCCACCAGGGCCACUGGCCGCACGAGAACGCCGUCAUCCGCCUCAAGCUGCCGCCCGACCACCUCGACUGCUCGGGUCGGUUCGAAGUGCCUCUGAAAAAUAGACGGAACUAUAUCGUGUUCGCCGAGAGGCGCGGCCACUCCGCCGUCGCCCUCGGCCCGCCCAUCAAGAGGACCGGCAAGUUGGUUAAGAGGAUUCGUGCUGUCUACAAGCCGGGUUACAGUAGCCCAGCACGCGUAGAACCAAUGCAGUCGGUGCGGACGACACGAGGCAACCGGGUGCGACUGGAGUGCAAGGCAAGCGCACGGCCGCCCCCACGCAUCUCAUGGUAUAAGGACGGGAAACCCGUCGCCGAUAUCGCGCUGAGGAGAUUCCGGGUGCAGAAUUUCAGGAGGCGCUCGGUACUAGUGAUAAGGCAUGCGCGCAGUGAAGACUCCGCAUCGUACGAAUGCAGGGCACAAGGCGCUGUAGGCCCACCGGCCAUCGCCAGUGCUAACGUCAGCGUUCUACCUCCAGUCACAGCCGCGCCUGAUGACGCCACGACGCUGGGCUCGCCAUGUCCGAUGCCCGACCCGUCGUCAUACUGCCUCAAUGGAGGCACUUGUUUGUUCUUCGAAAUCGUCCAGGAACAAGCUUGCAAAUGUCCGGAAGGCUUCAACGGGCAGCGUUGCGAGAACAAGGAUAUAUCGAAUAGAAGCAGUAUGUCCCAUUCCUACACAUGUAAACUGGGCCUCUCGAUCACGUACUACUGUUAGCCAGCGAAGCGCAGGCGCAUAACCCACCUCGUUCCAAUUUUAAAUUUAAAAUUUUUAGCUCGCGACUUUCCGACGCACUCGGCUGGACUGAGAAAACUUUUACGUUUUACGAGACAGAUAUCUGCAUCUAUUUGUAGAUUUACAUAAUAUUUCUUAAAAUUAUCAAUGUUAAAUACGUUUUUAUAUGUUUUAUAAUUUAUACUAAUGGCAUCGCACUUUUAUUUGGUAUGCUACAGUUUGUUUUAUGACUACAGUUUUAUAGUUUUCACAGCCCUAAAGCCCAGUGAUUCCAUCGCGAACGUUUGUAGGAAAAAAUACGAGAAUAAUGAUUGCAAAUACGAACUGUCAUAAAUAUUGUGACAGUGUAUGCUGAAUACUUAGGAUAUAGUAGGCAGCCGUGCGUGGCAUUUGUAAAUAAUAAUUUAAUCAAUCUGUUUUUAUGAACCUCGAGUCUGAAAAUUGAUUUGAAUAUACUAACUUAUUCAUUUAUAUUUGUUAUUAUAUCUAUCACUCUUAUGUACUUUAUUUGAAAUCAGGAUCAUUUAAACUGCACGGAGCUUUAAAUUAUCUACUAUUCACUACAGCCCGAUGAGAUUUUACACAUUUUAAGUACAUAUUUCCAUUUACUAGUAUGUACCAACAAUUAUUUAUAUUAACUACUUGUAUUAUUCAUAAUUGAACUGAUUUUUCGUAACAUUUCACAAGUUUCAUCUAUUUUUCUUUCGUGAUAGCAGAAAGUCUAUUGUAAGACUUGAAGAUUGUAUGUAUGUACUAUUGCAAAAAGUGCUACUUCUUUAACGUUUACUAGAAGCGCUGACUUUUGCAAUCCAUUAUUUCUUCUGUUAUUGAAGAUGUAAAUAUUUUAAACAUUAUUUGUAAUAUUUGCAAUUUAUUAUUGUUAUUAUUAACUGUAAGGUUUGAUAACUAGUAGUAUGUAAUAUUAUGAUAAAGAGACUUGCAACUUUUGUACAUAUCUAUUAGGGUAAGGGUUUUUUUACAAAAAUACAAUUCUGGUUAAUAGCAUUGCGUACUUGUUAUGCGGUUGACUCUCUAAUUUAUACAUAGGCACUCAUUUAUUAAUCGCUUAGUAUUCAAUAACAAAGAAAAAUAAUACAAAUUAAAGAUUUUAGAGCUAUUACUCACAUACUUUAGGUAUCUUAACAUUUGAGGCGAGUAUUGUUAUUACAACUUGCAGAGCACACAAUAGUUCUAUAAAAGGACUAAUAUGGCAUAACAAGUACGGUCAAAAUCGUAGUCAAAAAGGCAAUUUCCAUAUUUUCACCGGUCCGUUACAUCACCUAGUCAGAUACCAGUUUUAACUAUAGCUAGGUAGUAAUAAAUAAAUUAAUUUAUAUAUAAUUUUACGAGUGUGUCUAAUUGGACGUAUGGUUGUGGAUAUAGCGAUAACAUUUUUUUUUAUUUCUCUGUUUUUUUCUAACUCGCUAUAUGGGACCGAAACUUGCACAAUAGUUUUCCAUUUUUAAUUAAUUGUUUUCGUUUUUUUUUUCAUUUUGUAUAAAGUUCUUAAUGAUCUAAGUUCACUAUUUAUAUUAUGUAAUUAAAGUAGAAAACCGACUAUUUAUUUUUAAUAAAAUUUUGAGGAUUUUUAGGGCAUUUAUACGUCUGAAAUGAUAUGGCGUCGUUCGAGAAAAUUCUGAACUCGUCGGUAAAUAUUAAUUUCCACAUUCACUUUGGUAAAGCAGAGUACUUAAAGCUUUUCAUUUCAUUAUUGGUAUUAGAUGCUGGAAAAUACGUCAGUAUUUCCUUUGAAUGACGUCAUUACAUUUUUAACAUGAGUUUUUUGUAUUCUCACAACAAAUAUUAAGGCGCGAACAACAUGUAAUGUAAUGGAUAUACCAAAACCACAAUAAAAGAAUGAGUGUUGGAAUUAACAGAAAGGCGACAAUGUUCUGUUUUUAUUUUUUUAUUUGCAAUCACCUAAAUCCUUUAAACCGCGACGGAAUGAACAUGGGAAUUAGAAAAUCUGAAAUGGUAUGUAUAUUCGAAAUUUAUUUUAUGUCGUGCACUCGUAUAACAGUCCGCACUCAUUUUCUAUGAAUGGAAAAAUGUAACUAGUAUUUUGGACCGUACCUACACAUCUCGGGUUGUUACAUUUUUUCAUUUAAAUAUCCUCACGGCCUACUAAUGCUUUAUAUGUACGUGGGUACUAAUACAGGGAUAAAGCAUGCAGAAUGCAUGUUUCUUCUAUACACUUACUAUUUGUUGUGAGAUAACAAUAACUUGUAGGUAUAACACUGCAUGCGAAAAAAGUUACUAUUAACAUUAUCAAUAACGCUCUUUUUUCUGCACGCAGGUAAAGGCGAACCACUGUGGUGAUGAACAUAACGAAAUGGUGCGACUGAAAUGAUAAAUAAAUAUGGUUAUUUUGGCACUUUUAUAUAAAAUAUUAAUUAGGAAAAAAGCAUUCCUGCAUAUUAAUGUCAUCGGAUGUAGGUGAUAUUUUGCGAAUUGUUUAUAUAAUAUUCGUGUUAUUGCCUAUAAAUACGAUGGACAAUAACUAGAGACACGAUAUCCCACUGCCUAUUUAUUUUAAUAAGAUAUACUGGUAAGAUAAAGCAAGAAAACUCACUGUAUUUGUUGCAGGAAGGGAACUUCGUUAAUGUUAAUUAGGUAUCCCAUAAUCUGCUUGUAUUUUUAACUAAAUAACAAGAAAGGUUUGGAUAAUAAUAUUGCCAGUCUAUACAGGACUCCAGCCGAUAGGUACAGGCACGUACCUAUGUAAUAUUAUGUAUUGUGCUUUAGAUAAGCUUACUUUUGUACUACAUUUUGUACGAUAUCUAGUUUUAAGAAUAUCGUGGUGCUUGAAAAUGCGAAUUUAACUAAAUUGAUUCCAAUGUAUGUUCCUAAAUUUUGAACGCUUAGUUUUAUAAGAUUUUUGUUUAUCUGAAGACAAGGUAGGGAAAUGAUAAUUGCUGAAAUCCAAGACAAUUCGACAACAAAAUCACUCGGCAAUUCAGAGUCCAGAAAUAUUAUGGAGCAACUAGCGACAAUGACAAUAAAACUAAAGACUGCAGGCAUAACAAUAGAAGUUAUGAUUUUCUAAACAGCUUAUAGUAUGCUUUAUGAUAGAUAUAUUUUUUAAUUAGAGAACAGGUAACCGCAAAUGGUAAGUCACAAUAUUUUCUACAAAAAUAAAAGUUUUAACCACUAUCCAAAAUGUUAACUAUCAUUUAGGUAUUUAUUUUUAUUUUAUACUCUUAUUAAUUAGGAGCAGGACUCGAACAUUUUUUUUUUCGGUUAGGUUUAGAAGGGAUCAUGUCUUGAAAGUGAUGAAAUAUUUAUAUUGAGAAAUAUUGUUAUUUUUUUCAAAAAAGGAACCUGCAUGAUAGUGCGCAAUUAUCUCGCGUUUGGCAUGAUCCAUUUUGAUGCGGUUUUUAGCAAAAUAUUUUUCAAACUUAGGACAAGGUUUUAGGAAUAUGACCUGAAGUAACUGAAGGCUGCCUUAUUUUCAAAAAGAUCUUUGAAGUCGUUAAUAAAUUUCUAUACUAUAAUUAAGAAGAAUAAUCUCCUUAGGAGGGACUGGGGUUGGUUGUCUUACACGUUGGUUGUAACUGGGUCUAAUUCAUUUAACGAUCGAUGGCAAAAAAAGCUAAUGUCACCUCUCUUUAACACAUUAAUUAAAAUUGUUCAUAUUUAGUUUAUUAAUUUGUCUAAUAAGACCACCGAUCCUAGGCGCUUACUCUUGAAAUGAAUCUCAAUGUCAAUGCAAUUUCAUUCUAAUAAAAUAUCAAUAAUUAUUCGAUGUCAAAACUAUACAACCCCAAUUUUAAAAUAGCAUUCAGCGUACGGAUGUACGGAAUAUAAUAAAGCCAAAUUCAAUAACAUUUAGUUUAUUAAAUAUCCACGCAAUACGGAUGCAAUAAGCGCUAGUGUUGAAACUCAAGAGUAUGUUUUACAAUGAUAUCAAUGUCCAUCGAUCGGAAUUGAAGAGUAUAGAAUUCAAGAGUAAGACCCUUGGUCACUCCUACUCCAAACUCAAUAGAUAGGUAUCUCAUUUAGUAAUUUUGUUUAAUUUGUAUUUAGAUAUUUGAGUUGUGACUACAUUAUCGAUAGGGGAUUUUUAUAAAAAUGUUAAGUUGUAUUAACAGUCAUGUACAGUAUUAUUUGCUGAUUAGGUGUUAUUUAUUGUAGCUUGUAACUGCUAAUUUUAAGCGCUUUGUUAUAUAAUAAACGAAAUGUGAAUAUU